GACAGGAGCAGAGGCUGCAGGAGGACGCAGCUCGAGCAGAGCGGUCAUGGCUGAGUGACAUUUGACUACUGUGUGUGUAAUUUAUUUAUUAACUGUCAGCGAGCGCAUCAGGGAGGAUACAAUGGGGACUGAUGUCUGUUGUCUUGUUUUUGUCGGACAUGGAGACUGCGUGCCCUUUUGGAUUCACUUUACGCCGUGAAGUUGUUAUGGAAGCGAUGGGACGUUUAUUUUGAAAUGUAAAAUCAAGAUAGAGCUGGCCGCCUCUCUGAGUAAGAGGGCUGCUGAGGACUUAAGUAUGCAGACAGAGGAUUCCUAACAUUACAAACUGGGCAGACAGAAAAAGCUCAUGAAUAUGGUCAUUCUACCUAGGAAUUAAGUUACCUCUACCUCUCAAAUGAUGUCAAAUCUAAUUUUCAAAGUCAGGGGACAAAUGUGCAGCCCUGCGAGGGUCUGCCUCAAACAUCAUCGUCCCUCAUUUAUUACAAGAUACAAUGAUGGAGACUGUUUAGAAGGCUGAAGCACAGGAGCCUCGUGGAUUCUAAUCCUGGGGAUAUAAUGUAGCACAACCUUUGAGCAUGACCUAAAUGGACUUCAGGCAUGGAUCUCAUGAACCUUACAACUGUUAUCGACAGUGGGUUUAUGGACGAGGCUCCAUCAAGCCGUGUUCUGACUGGCUGCUUCCUCUCGCUGCUCAUCCUCACCACCUUGCUGGGAAACACUCUCGUUUGUGCCGCCGUCACCAAGUUCCGACACCUGCGCACCAAAGUGACCAACUUUUUUGUGAUCUCGCUGGCCGUGUCGGACCUUUUGGUUGCCAUCUUGGUGAUGCCGUGGAAGGCGGUGACGGAGAUCGCCGGGUUCUGGCCGUUCGGCUCCUUCUGCGACACCUGGGUGGCUUUUGACAUUAUGUGCUCCACUGCGUCCAUUUUGAACCUUUGUGUGAUAAGCUUGGACCGCUACUGGGCGAUCUCCAGCCCCUUUCGCUAUGAGAGGAAGAUGACACCCAGAGUGGCCUAUGUGAUGAUCAGCGUGGCCUGGACGCUGUCUGUCCUAAUUUCCUUCAUUCCGGUGCAGCUCAACUGGCACAAGGCCCAAACUAAAUCCUACACCCCUCUCACUGGGUCGUCUUCAGGUUUCAAUGCGACAUCUUACCGCAGCCUAGAAAACUGUGACUCGAGCCUGAACAGGACCUACGCCAUCUCCACAUCCCUCAUAAGCUUCUACAUCCCUGUGAUCAUCAUGGUGGCCACCUACACCCAAAUAUACCGGAUCGCCCACAGACAAAUCAGGAGGAUCUCUGCCCUGGAGCGAGCGGCUGAAAGUGCCAAGAACAGGCACGACAGCAUGGGCGGGUGCUCCAGCAUCGCAGAGUCCGAGAGCUCUUUCAAAAUGACGUUCAAGAGGGAGACCAAGGUGCUGAAGACGCUGUCUGUGAUCAUGGGGGUGUUUGUGUGCUGCUGGCUCCCAUUCUUCAUCCUCAACUGCAUGGUGCCCUUCUGCGAGCAGUCGAGCGGCGGAGGGGAGGCUUUCCCCUGCAUCAGCCCCACCACGUUUGACGUGUUCGUGUGGUUCGGCUGGGCUAAUUCCUCUCUCAACCCCAUCAUCUAUGCCUUCAACGCAGAUUUCCGCAAGGCCUUCUCCAUCCUGCUGGGCUGCCACAGACUGUAUCCAGGAGGCCACAACAUAGAGACGGUCAGUCUAAACAAGAAGUGACUCAUGACUCUCUCACAGCACUGACUCAUCCUUAAUGCUAAGAGUCCUAGCGUUCCUGCAGAAGCCGGUCUGAUCGACUUCAAACGAGGACGCUGCUCUCUGUGUGGACUCUUAGUGUGACUGAAGGAUACGGUGACCCAACAUGUACCCGUGGCCCGUCCGUGUGCAGACUGUCAGUGUGAGCUUGCUGUGUGCUCACCGUGGUCGCUGCACUGUCUUCAAGCGGAAGACGCUCCUGAAAGAGGAGAGAGGAUUUAAAGGGGGGGUUAAGAUUAAGACUCUCUGCUGUUGUGCCAGGGAGCUGGGAGCGCAGCGGUGCUGACACGCCCCUGGGAUAGAUAAUCCCAUGACUGGGCAGCACACACCCUAAUGCUGUCAGACGCCGCUCUCUCCAAUACCAUCACACACACAUACACAAACACAAACACUGUCAAAACAUGCUCCUCCAAAUUCAGUGUAAAUGCAGCACCCAGCAUGCACUCUACGACAAAUUACAUGACAACACACAGAAAUACUGUUACUCAUUACGUGAACAUCCUGUGCUCUGUGAGGAGUCUGGCAGUAAGGCGUCAAACCAAAUCACGUUUCUGCAUAGAUGAGCAUGUAGGUAAAGUGCAUCCACAUGUGACUUAAUAUUUAGGCAGAUGUGAUUUUACACCUGGCUUCAUCUGUUAAUGUUGUGAUUUUGAGAGAAAGCUCUGAGAAGUUUACACUUAUGAAAAUGUGAUCUGAAUAUAUUUUUGGGGGGUGAAGGUACACAGACAUAUAAAAUGCAGCCUGUCAAACUGCAGAUUGUAUCUCAUUGCUCAUACUGGUCCACAGUUUAUAUCUCAUCAAAAAGUCAAAUCAUUAUAACUUUAAACCAAAUUUACUCAACAGACACCUCAUAAAUUAUUUCUUUCACUGCUUGUUUUAUGGAUGAGUGUCUCGUAUUACUUUGUGUGUCCUGUAUUUUUCAUAAACAACAGCUGAUGACCUCUUUUUAGGAGAAGGCGAAGACCUUAACAAAGGGUUUUGCUUGACUUGUGGUGUCUCUUACUGCUGUGCUUAUUUAAGAGCUGAUAAAGAAUUACAGUUGACUGAAUUAUGUUUGGAUGUUUUUAUUAAGUUUUGAAAAGUGAAGAAUAUAACGGAUAUUGUCUUAUUUGUACAGGCUUGUCAUUUCUAUCGGUUAUGAUAACACUGUACUAACUAAAAUAUUUUCUGACAUCUGGUAACACUAAUAUCAGCCAGAGCAGCCAGACAAUCAGACCAGUUAAAAAAACAGCCCACAAUUUAUACUAAUUAUUGAAGCCUCUUUGGAGACAAAACUGAAAGCGAGCACAUAUAAAAUGUCACUAUUAAUCCCUAAUAGUAUAAGAAAACUGUGUGUAAACAGCCUUACCCAAACACAAUUUUUGAGCCUGGGGGUUGAAUUUCAAAUAAAAAGUGAAAGUCUUUUUGCUAAGAUAAGUUAGCCAUCUCCUGGUAGCUUCAUGUUUAAUGGGAAGGCCAAGUGGCAGCCUCCGGGCCUGAAAGUGAAGCUAAUGCGGAAGUGCCUUUAAAUCUGCAUUCUUUCUAAUGGCCAGCAGGAGGCGACUCCACUGGUUGUUAAAAGAAGUCUGAUUGUAUAGAAGCCUAUGAGAAAAUGACUAUACUUCUCAUUUGAUUUAUUACCUCAGUGAACAUUUUCCUAAUAAGAUUAUGCUCUCAAGUCUUCUUAAUUACAGCAUGAUGUUCAUUUGGUAAUUAUGGUCCUAUUAAGACUAAAAUAGAUGACAAAAUAGGGUAUGCUUUAGGGCGGGGCUACCUUGUGACUGAGAUUGAGUUGCUACCAAGGUGUUGUCCUGUUUAGGUGUUAUCCUUAAUUUUGUCUUAGAGCUUUCACAAUGUGUUUUCAGUUAGUUAAUUGUAACAUUUCGGUCACUUAAAAAUGUCAUAAUUUCAGUUAUACUAAAAGACACUCUAAGGAGUCAACUGUUUGUUUUUGCUAACCAAGCUAGCUAGGUAGCUAGGGCUAGCUAAUAACUGAGCUAUACUAUCUUGUCCAAAUAUGGUUUCUGGCUCCAAAAAAACCCAAGAUGGCAGCAGCCAAAAUGUCACAAUCUAGGCUUCAAAAUAAUAGACCCAAGAAUUACCCUAUAAAGUGAAGCAUUGCAUUAUAGAUGCAUCAUCAUCAUCAUCAUCAUCAACAGUUACCUCUAAUUUGGUGUGCUCUUUUUAUUUAUUCUUUUAAUGUGCUAACUUGUGUCAUCAGUUAGCUACAGUGAGCAUUCAUGACACAAACAAAAGCUGUAGGUGUUUUUACUUGGCUAAAAUAAUUAAUAUGUAAUUGUUAUAAAGGUCUGAUGAAUACAUGUUGUUAUGAUACAUUCAUGACCCAUCAGAAGCAACAGUUGUGAAGUGUCUGCUUCAGCCAUGUGGAAAUAUCUCAGUGCACAGCUUAAUAAAAGUGUAUGUGUCCAUUUUUGUGAAAUCCACUGUGUGGUGUAUGUGUUAUUGGCUGUACAGCUUUGACCUCCAAAGAUCAAACCUCCCGAAGCACAUUUCACACCAGAGUCUAAAGGGUAAAGCUUAACAAGACCAGCUGUGUCUCACAUCCAAAAUUUCACCCUCGCAUAACUCUGGUGCUCAUGUGUCUAUUUGGUCUGGUGAUGUAUUACCGUCAUUAGCAAAGUGAAAGGCCCAAUCUGGGGUCGUGAAAAGCCUGGAAUAA